AUGAAUGAGCAACGGCUGAGUUUCAUCAUCGUGGGGGCCUCAGUAGCAGGCCUUGCAGCCGGUAUCGCGUUGAAGAGGUCUGGUCAUAGCGUCUUAAUACUUGAAAAAGCAGCUGGGCUUGGAGAUGGCCGCUCUACGAUCCCCGUGGGUUGUGCCCGGAUAACGCCAAAUGGCUCCAAGAUACUGUACGACUGGGGCCUCGAAGAGCGGAUCGAGGAGUUGCAGUACCAAACAAGUUCCUCAGGAUUCGCGGUCUUCCGUUACGAGGGCAACGGGGAGCAACAAGACCUUAUGGGGGUCCAGAGGUAUGACGAAGAGAUGCUUUCUGAGGCGCGAGGACAAUACCUGACUUUUCGACAUGUCGACCUCAUCAAUUUACUCUAUGACGAGUUCUAUCGACCGACGAAAUCCUCGUCUCUGGACAAAAACAUGGUAGAGGUCCGCUUUGGAGCAGAGGCAGCUUCUAUCGACCUAGAGUCCUGCGUGGUUACUCUCCGAAGCGGAGAACCUCUGGUGGCGGAUGUUAUUAUCGGCGCAGACGGGCCAAGUGGCAUGGUCAGAGCUGCACUCGAGCAAGAGGGGGACAGAGAGGAAAUAUCGAGGACAAGCGAUAGGCUGACAUCAGACGAUGGUGACUUUUGGGCUGAUUCCGAUUCCGAGUCGGAAGGGUCUCAUGUGCUUGGCGACACGGAAGGUGUACCCCUGGUUGUCUACAGCGCUACAAUUCCCAAAUCCACGAUGCAAGGUCAUCCAGCCCUCGCCGACUUCUCAUCUUACAGUCAUUGUGCCUUCUUUGGGUCCAAUCGAGGAGCGUUUGUGUAUAGCGUCGGUGAAGACCUGUCUGUCUGUAUCUAUAUGUCCAGACUCUUUCUGGAUGGUCAACCGAGCGGCUUGAAAAUAUCCGACAUGCUUGGCUCUGCUUGUGAUUCAGCGCAAGUUAUUCGCUGUAUCGUCUCAAUCGCAGACACUGUUGAUGACGACAAAGUGCAACCUCCGCUUUGUAGGCCACUUCAGGAACACGAGCCUCUCCAGUCUUGGGUUUCCGAGAGCGGACGCGUUGUGGUCAUUGGCGAAGCUGCACAUCCGUUUCCUGCAGGCGCUGUUUACUCAUACGCAUGUGCGCUCGAAGACGGAUCGUUUAUCGGCAAAAUAUUCUCGCACACACAAGAUCGAUCGAGAAUCCCAGAGCUGCUAUAUGCCUUUCAAGAGCAUCGCAAGCCCCGAUGCACCCUUCUUCACGACAUCGAGAUCCAAUAUGUGGCAGCACUAACGCUUGAGGGCGAGAUGUCCGUGCUCCGCGACGCAAUGUUCCGAGCCAACUAUCAGCAGGGGAAAAACGUCUUGGAGAUGCCCGAGAGUAUGGAGGGCCAAAGGAUGGAGGAAACGCGGGCGAUAUUUGCGUAUGACGCGGCGGACGAUGCAGAUGAGUGGUGGAUCACCUGGGGCCGGUUCCGCGACUUGACUGUCAGCCAGCGGGAGGAAGUGUAUGAAAAAGCGGCCCCUGAACGGCUUCGUAUGCGACACAAAUCCAGUCGAGACUCGAAUGCAAGCUCGUCCGAUUCGCAUUUUGGUGACCUUACCCCUCGCCCAGGCCAACUUGGAGAGGCCCGGGAUGACACGCAUUGGCUAUACGAUGGCAGCGCUCGAAGGGAAUGGACAGCACAAGCAGAAGAUCCUGAAGUACACUCUUGA